UAUAUCAACUUUCUGAAAAAGGCAAAAACAAAGUUAUUCCAUAAUUCCAUUUUCCAGGUAAAAAAUCGAGCAACUGCACCCACAUCUCCUCCAUCCAAGGCGGCGCGUGCAUACCACGCCUCUGUUAUAAAUGGAAAACACUAAUAAGUGGUUAGCAACGGUGGCAAGCAUAUGGAUCCAGUGCAGCUCCGGCGCCUCCUACACCUUCGGAAUAUACUCUUCCACCCUCAAAUCCACUCAAAAUUACGAUCAAACCACUCUAGACACCGUCUCCGUCUUCAAAGACAUCGGCGCCAAUAUCGGAAUUUUAUCCGGUCUACUCUUCGACGCCGUUACCGUUAACCACCGCCGGUCAGGACUUCCGUUAGUCUACGUGGCCGGAGCGGUUCAGUGCUUUACCGGUUAUUUCUUAAUGUGGUUAUCCGUCACCGGAGUUAUUAACAAGCCGCACGUGCUUCUCAUGUGCCUCUUCAUGUUCAUUGCAGCACACGCUCAGACGUUUUUCAACACCGCAAACGUCGUCGUUUCCGUUCGUAACUUCCCGGAUUAUAGCGGAACUAGCGUUGGGAUUAUGAAGGGUUUUUUGGGGUUGAGUGGAGCGAUAUUAAUUCAAAUCUACCAGACGUUAUUUAACGGCAAACCAACUACCUUUUUACUUAUGCUUGCUGUGUUUCCGACACUUGUGUCACUCGCACUCAUGUUGUUAGUUCAUGUAAACCCUUCUAACACGAGCAAUGACAAGCCACAUUUGAAUCGCUUCUCGUUGAUCGCGCUUAUUAUCGCGGCGUAUCUAAUGAUCAUGAUCAUAUUGCAAAAUGUUUUUGCAUUCCCAUUAUGGGCUCAUAUUGUUACAACAAUUAUUCUUUUGGUUUUGGUGUUAUCGCCUCUUCAAAUAGCCCACACAGCUCGAACAAGUGAAUUACAUCGCGAACAAGGACCACCGUCCCUUGACAUGGCUCCAUUGAUCAUGACUUCUGAGGGUCAAGAUGAGGUUGAAAUGAAUUUGUUACAGGCAAUGGGGACGAUCAACUUCUGGUUGUUGUUUCUAGCUAUGGUUUGUGCAUUGGGGUCAGGGUUAGCCACAAUCAACAACAUAACUCAAAUAGGCGAGUCACUUGACUACUCGACGGUUGAGGUCAACACGAUGGUUUCUUUAUGGAGUAUAUGGAACUUUCUUGGUCGGUUUGGUGGUGGAUUUGUGUCUGAUUGGUUCCUACAUAGAUACGGGGGAGGGAGGCCGUUGUUUAUCUGCCUUACGCAAUUAGCGAUGGUUGUGGGCUAUUUGAUCAUCGGUUUAAGUGGGAAUUUGUACAUUGGAUCGGUGAUUGUGGGUGUUUGCUACGGAUCACAAUGGUCUUUAAUGCCUACAAUCACUUCGGAAAUAUUUGGGGUGAAACAUAUGGGGACUAUUUUCAACACCAUUGCCGCGGCUAACCCUAUUGGUUCAUAUAUACUUUCCGUGCAAGUGAUUGGCAACAUUUAUGACCAAGAAGCACAAGCGAGAGGCGGGUCUUGCCACGGGCUUCAUUGCUUUAUGCUUUCGUAUCUUAUAUUUGCUGCAGUUUGUGGUUUCGGUGUUAUUGUUUCCUUGGUGUUGUUUCUUCGAACAAGGGGGUUUUAUGCUUCGAUUUUGCAAAGACGGUUAAAGCAUUUGCAAGGUAGUUAGAAAGAGGUUUUGCAUAAGAUUCAAUUUGUAUGUUAUUCAUCUGUAUAUUUGGAUUUACACUAUUCUUUUCGAGAGUUCUGUCAAUGCAUAAAUGGAAAUUAAAAUUGUAAAGUUCA